GACCCAGGUCAAGAAGCCCAUCGUCUAUGUCGAGGAGUCCUCCAAGAACGCUUAUACCCAAAUCCAGUCGACGAUCGAUGCCCGUGUCACGGUCCCUGUCAAGACUGUGACCUCCAACAUUGCCACGACCGCCGCCACCACCCGCGACCAGCUCACGACUGCUGCUACUACAACUGCCACCAAUAUUGCCGCCACGGUCAACACCCAUGCUGCGCCUCUCGUAGACGGUUUCGAGACCAUCGUCAACCGCUACUUGCCUGCCGAUGUUGAGGCCGAACAGAGCACCACUGGACAGAGCAACCAGGCCACUCGUGUUGUCGACAUUACCCGUAAUGCCUCCUUGCGUGUCUCUCGCCGCAUGAGCGCCAGCGUUGCUCCCAUCACCCAGUCUGCCCAGGACUUGCGCAAGGCUGCCGAGAACAACGCUGCCGUGGCCAAGUCCAAGGAGUCGCUCCAGGCCUUGAACCUCCGUCUGAGUGCUUUGGUCGAGUCCUUGCGUCUGCAUGCCAAGGAGCUCCAGGAGAACGUACAAAAGGUCCCUGGAGAGGCCAGCCAGCGUGUCCAGACGCUCAGCGGCAGCCUCUUAUCCGAGAUUGACUCGCUCUCUGUGUACCUGAAGGAACACAGCCCUAAGCUUCCUGAAUACGUCCAGCUUCGCCUGGAGCCCCUUGUCGGCUUCGUGAACGACCGUUAUGAGACCAUGAAGGGCGAGAUGGUGAAGACUGAUGUCUCUGCGAUCCAGAAGGCUCGCAACAUCCUGCACCUCACCACCGAGGAGACUCUGCCUAUCCUCCAGAACGCUGCUCAGGACGUCAGGGAGUCGCUCCUGCAGUACCAGAUCUCAAUUCAGGAGAACGUCCACCGCGGUCUCUCUAAGGUCCAGGAGGUCAACUCUUCCAUGAGCGAUGUUGCUGCCCGCACUCUCCAGUCUGCUCGUGUGACCCUCGUCGGUGCCAAGUAAUCGACCACUUCCAGCAAAAAGGCAUCUUUCGGUCUUUUGUCAACUAAUGAAUUCAUGAAAUAAAAGAAAAAAACCCCUCUGUGUGUCGAUUGAUAUACGAGUUUGUGCUGUAUUGUAUAAGCUCUUGAAGCGCUUUCUUGCCUUUUUGUAGUGCCCUACUUGCAUGAUGCUUUGAUAAAAGUUUCGAUUGACACCACUUUACGGUUGCUAGACUAGGUCCGUUGGCUAUAUCGAAGUGUCCGAAGUAUGACCAGUUUGUUGGAGAAGUUGGGGUCCACGGAUUAUUGCAGGACCUGACUUGGAUGUAAGCUGGAGUAGCAGUAGCACGGUGGGGCAAGAGCAAGGGCAAGGGUAAGGACGAGCUGGAGGACGCAAGCGAGCAACCUCAUCCUUGGAAGGGAUGGUGACCCUUGGCGCCAAGCGACUAAAGGCUAUAUGUGUGUCAGCCAGCAAGCACACUCAACAGUUCAG